AUGUCCAAUGAAUUAUCAAAGGAUGAGUUAUUAUCAUUAAUUAUAAGAUGUACAAACUUUGCUGCUAAGAAACAUAAAAAUCAGAGACGACAUGAUUAUGAAGCUACACCUUAUAUUAAUCAUCCUAUAGGAGUUGCUAAUAUUUUAACUGAAGAAGGCAAAGUUUAUGAUCCAAAUGUUAUUGUCGCAGCAUUGUUGCACGACACUGUUGAAGACACUGACACGUCAAUAGAAGAAAUCGAGGGUGAGUUUGGUCCCAAAAUAAAAUCAAUUGUCGCGGAAGUGACUGAUGACAAGUCACUGUCAAGCCAAGAGCGAAAACGUUUACAGGUGGUACACACACCGCACAUAAGCCAUGAGGCUAAGCUCUCAGCAAGUGCUUGGGCUUCUUCAAAAGUAACUGCAUUGUACAAAGAAGCUCUUAUUCCUCCAACAGAUCUAAUAUAA